AUGUCCAAAGCUACAAACCCAAACAGCACCGAAUCUUGUCCCGCCUCUUCCCAUCCUCCUCCUCCAAACAGUCCUACCCAUGGAGCGGGCAAGGGUCGAGCUCUUACUGGCUUAGCGAACGAGUCCACCGGAGCUACGAAAGCGAAAGAACCCUUUGUUAUUCGACUAUCCCAUGUUGAUAUAGGGUCACGGUUGCUGCGCAACGAACUGGCAGAAAUUGAUCCAGAGCUAGAUAAAUCACGGAUUGAGCGGGACACUCUGUCCAACAACCUGGCAAAACUCAAAGCCCACAGCCGCAGCAAAACUGACAUGCCACCUGAGGCGCGAAAUGAACUAGAGGAUCUUAUCGAGGUCCUUACACCCGUGCUUAUGGACGGCUUAAUGAAGCCGUUUCGAUGA